AUGUUUAUAAAUCUCGAAAACAAGGAUGGCCUGAUCCAGUACAUUGGAUGGUUCGAAAGUCAUGAACGGGAUGAUGGAGGGCUGGAAUUUUACUCCAACAUCGUAUUGGAACUUGCAGACUUCGACUUCUACGAAGCGAUUCGAACAAUAUCCCCCCCAAUAUCAGCCAAAGAGAUAUUGGGAUUCUGGAAGACCAUAGCGGAGAUAUCGGGAGCCUUGGCCUCCAUUCACACGGUUACUAUCGGUGGCCAUCAGUAUUUGACAUGGCAUGGCGACAUUAAGCCCGAAAAUAUCCUUCGCGUCAACGAUCGGUUCAAAUUGGCAGACCCAGGAGAAGCUAGGAUGCGGCUGAAAUCUAUCGGAACAACGGGGGACCAGAGAACAAGAGCAACAGGGGGGACGCGGACUUAUGCCGACCCUGAGAAGGCCGCCUACCUGGAUGGUCGGAGCUCUAAAAAGCCAGAAGUUUCGCAGACAAGCGACGUGUGGUCUCUCGGAUGCGUGCUUUCGAUUGCGGCAACAUAUGUUGUGCUGGGGACCCAAGGCGUUCUAAUCUUCAACAAACUUCGCCAAGAAGCCAUUUUCAGAGUUAAAGAAGACUUGAGCGACGCAUUUCACGAUGGAGAAACUGUGCUUGAGGAGGUCCGGCACUGGCACGACUACUUGCGCGAAGCCGCCAGAGGAAGUGACGUCUACACUUCGGCCGUUCUGGACAUGGUUGACAAGCAUAUGCUCGUCGAAAAAGACAGGUGGUCUGCAAGAAUGAUUUGUGAACGGUUUGAAGAGCUGUUCGACUCCACCAAAUCCGAAGUGUCGCGGGUGCCCAGAAGUCUGCACGACUUAUUGCAGAGGAUCGACCUCCAGUCCGAACAACGGUUCGAUUAUCUUCAUUCGGGAAUCAGAAAGGUAGAUCCGGACGACAUGGCCAAGCAAAAACUCCGGGUGUCGGAACUACCGCCUGCUGAUGUAGAGUUCGAGAGCCGAGAAAAGCUUCUGGGACAACCCAUUCAACCAGUGGCUCAGCGCUCACUUCACUCGCGGGAUUUAUCGAAUAUUUCCCACCCAAUCGCACAUAACUCUGUUGUCCUUGUCUGGCGAUCUUUGGGGUAUGAUGACAACGGGAUGGAGCUCUACUUUACGAAUCCAGACACCAAUCCAAAGGCAACGAUGUGGGGUUCACAGCAACUCAAACACUUCACAAAGGCCAUGGAACUAGCAAAUCCAGCUGUUACCAAGUUCCCAGCAGAAGUAGUCGAAACUGCUAUUGUGCCAGAGCUCACACGCAUCAUCAACAGCUACACGCGAGCGAAGACUUCCAAGUCUCCGCCACGCAAGAAGACGAUCAUCAUUCUAACGGAUGGCAUCUGGAAAGGCAUGAAAAUGGAACACACCAUUGACGUCUAUCUAAAAUCGACUUUUAAUGAGCUGAAGGACUUGCAUGGGGACUUGUCAUACAUACCACCAGGAAAGUCCCACGAGCAAGCGGAUAUAUCUAAGAUCCGCCCAGUAACUAUACAGUUUGUUCAGUUCGGAGACGACCAAGACGCCAAGGAGAGACUCCGACGUUUGGAUGACGACAUGAGACUCUAUGGCUGCCCGUAA